AGAGAGAGCAGCAGUAUUAAGUUCAAGCCGUACCUACAUACAAACAUACAUACAAUCACGAGCUCAUAUUUAGAAUAAAGCAAGUAAGAGCGAAAUAGCUUUCUCGUUUCUCACUAGUCACCGAAACCAUCUCCAGCAUCAACAUCAAUAUCAGUACGGCACAGCUCAGCACCUUCUCAAUUCGAAAAGCCUUCUCGCAUAUGCCCAUAAAUUAACGCUAUUUAGUUUAAUUUUGCCCUUCAACGUAGCCGAUUUGCCGAUAUAUCGCCGCCAGUACAGAAAUAUUCAUACAAUUUUAUCCAUGAGAGUUCCAUUGAUUUAAGUGCACUCGGUUUUUUUAAUUUCGGAAGUCGUUUGUGGGUGAGCAAUUUAACGGCUUCCGUCCGGUGUAUAAGAAUUGAGUAAAACGCCCAUAUUAUACUUUUCAAUGAAAAUGAGUGCUGGUGAACCAAUUCAACGAUUUGAUUUCAACAACGACAUCGAUGUUGAAGAAGUUGAGGAAUCAGAAUACACAAAUGGUCGACUUUACGAUCAAUUUUACGAGAUGGCAGAAAAAUUUUCUGGAACUUAUAUUGGCCAGUAUAUAACGGGGAAAAUUGAUAGCUUUUUGAAAUUAAUUGAAGAUACAGCCAAAUGGAGCUUGCCUCCAAAAAACACAAACGAAUCAACUGUUCCACUUAAACGACCCCUGCCUUGGAUACCAUUUAUUGCGUUGAUAUUGGUGCUGCGCUUAAUUCGAAUAGGCCUUUCAAUAGGUGGACUUUUAAUCGGCAAUGCACCUUUGGUUCCAAGUGAUGUUGUGUAUUUCAUCCAAACCAGAAGAAGAAAAUUAAGAGCGAUUCGAAUUGCUGGAAUGAAAGAAAUUGGAAAGAAUGAAGAAAUUCAACAAAACAAACAGAGAGGCGGCUUGGUAUCAAAAAUAACAUCAAUAAUGUCAAUGGCUAUUUGUCGCCCAAAGUUAGUUGAAGAUACUCAUAAGAUUUUGGUUAGUGGAAAUUGUACUGAAGAAGCCGGAAGUUCAGGUUUAAAUAUGACUCAACAAAACCAUAAUUCAUCUAGAACUAAGUGUUUGGAAGAUGAAGAUGCCGACUUAAGCUUAAGUCAAAUGCUCGACAAAUACGGAGCUAGCAGCAACGAAGAUGAUGAUUCUGAUUUCGUUCCACCCGAUGAUGCCUUCAAUGAUGUAGACACUUCGUGUACUUCAACAUCAUCCACCACAUCCGAUGAGGAAUAUAACGAUGAAGCCGAACUCCAAUCUACAGAAAAGGAAACGCAACAAACAAUGUCAAAUAAUAUUGCUGAACCCGAAUCUAAUGAUUAUGUAACAAACGGAAAUUCAAGCAUAGAAAGUCAAGAACUUAGUAUGGAAGUCAGAGAAAAUGGUGAACAUUUAUCCACAAAACUCCGAAAACCAAAGAUAAUGCCAAAACCAAUAAAAGAAGAACCUCUGCCACUACCUACUCAAGAAAUUAAACAAGAACUUGUUGACACUGAUGAAGAUACAAAUAGAAUAGAGUUUGAAAGAUCUGAAGAUGUUAACAAAUCCAGCGGCUUUAACCCCCAUCACCACCAGAAGUCCAUUGUCGAAUUCGAAAAUGUUAACAAGGGACCUACUAAUAAAAUUGGCAUCACUGAAAAUGGCAUAGAUCAGCAAAUUGAGAAAACAAAUGGCGACCAAAAACUUAUUCAAGCAGAAAUAUUUGUCACUCCUGCUACUUCCGCUGAAGAUUUGUUCUUUAGCCCAGUCGGUUCCCCUGACUUGUGUGGUACUUAUGGCUUUCAACCAACAUCAAUAUUAAAGAAUUGUCAAGCUGUUCAGUUAGAACAGAGAGGUUUCACGGGUGCAGGUGACUUUUCUUCAAACGAAACCUUUAUGCAAGCUGAAAGUACGAAUGAAUCAGAAGCAACAUCCAGGCCAACAAAGGGCACCAAUCACUCAGGAAAACCAAUCAAAAAUAAAUUCAGGGGAAAAAGACGAUGAAUGUAUUGCUGUUUUAUAACCAUUCAACGAUAUUUUAGCUUCUAAUGUUCCUGAUAAUGUAAACAUACAUAUUUUGCUAAGCAUUAUGUUUAAGAGCUUUAUUUGUAUAUCUACUGAACAAAAAUCAGUUUUAGUUCUUCGGUAGUUGAAGUUAUGUAUGUAUUUUUUUUUAAAUAACUUAAUAUCUAUUUAUAUAAGAGAAAUCGAAAAUUGUGUUAUUUAAAUAUAAAAUUACAUUCUCUUUUUGUUAUUAUUAUUGUUAUUUUAUUAUAGGCUGAUUUGAUCGAAUUCUAUGCAUUGCCUUAAUGUAAACAUUGUCGUCAAGAACUAAUCGGUAGAUUCACGCAUAUUAAUUUCUGGGAAAAGAAACAUGUUUAUUUGCCAAAACCAUAUUUCUAUUUGUUUACAGUAUCAAUACUUAAUUCAUAAGCAAACAUAAUUUUGCUGUUUCAACCAAUAAAAAUACACAAACAUUUGAUUAGAUUUUUGGAAACAAUAAUAAAAUAACUUCAUAUUUGAAGUUAACAAUUUUACAAUGGGAAA